ACUUUUUUUUCGCGAUGUUCCGACGACAGAAUCACGCGAAUAAGAGAAGACAAACGCGAGCCGCACGUCUAAAGUCGAUGAUCCCGCUUGACGUCCUCGCAAAAGAGUAUCGAAGCGCCCAUAAACCCGUCACUGUUGUCGUCAAAGAAGAAGAUGAAGAGGAAUUUACGGAUUUUUUAGAGUCGCAACUCCCAAGCACGAAAGACGACAUCGAAGAACUUUCCGCAAUAAUCGGUUUUGAACCAAUUCAAGCUCCAAUUCGAUCAUCAACGCCUCUCCCAAAGCCAAUUACCAUCAAACGAGGCCGUCUCAAGAAGAAAGAUGCCGCGCUCCAUCCCGAAUUGUACCAAAAACCGCCCGUCAAGCAUCGAGACGCGACUCCUAAGUACAAAUGCUCGAUUUGUGAAAAAGCGUUCGUCACAAUUGCCAAAUUGGAAGUUCAUCAUCACUCGCAUUUGCCCAAAGAGCAACGAGAUGCCCUCAAGAGAUACCAUUGCGAGUACUGCCCGCGAGCGUUUCGGGAACAAAAUAAGCUGGAAAGCCACAGAAACUUUAAACAUUUCAAAAAUUAUAAAUUUAUCUGCGAUAUUUGUGGAAAGCCGUUCAUUAAUGCGUCGGAAUUGAAGAGACAUGCGACACAAAGUCAUGCUGAGCCGCAACCAUGCACGAUUUGUAGCAAGCAAGUGUUGAAUUUGGAACUGCAUUAUAGAGAUGUUCAUGAAAAUAGUCCAAAAACGUGCGGAGUUUGUAACGAGGUUUUGCCAAAUCAGAAGAAAUUGAACAAACAUCGGUUCAAACAUCAUCCGUUUCAGAUAUUUGAAUGUGAAAUUUGUGAAAAAACGUACUCCGAGAGAUUUUGCUAUAAAAAGCAUAUGAAUGAAAAACAUGGAAUUACGAUACAAGAUGACUUAAUUUAUUAGGAUACGAAAUUUAAGAAUUAUUUAAGCUUCGUUGAACUCGAUUUGGAACUGAUGGAGUCGCUCGUUGCACGAAUUUCGGAAAUUUAUGAAGAUUGUGAGAUGAUGGGCGCACUCAGCACAAACAGAAUUGUUGAGAAUUUGGGCAAAGUCGGCAUUUGGUGCGAAAAUUUCGUCUCCCAUGAGGGUUUUUAUGAGAUUCACUUUUUCACUAAAAAUGAGGCAAUUUCGUUCAAAUUUUGUGAUUCCUGUACGGAAAAGUUGAAAGAAUUUUACAAAUUCUACACAGAAACGAAGGAAAAUCUCCGAAAAUAUGAAAAUUUCCUGCAUUCCAUGAAAAAUGAGACUCUUGUGAAGAAAGAAGAAACCAUCGAUGGCUAUGAAAGUCCUUCAAUGUGCGUGACAGAGAAACUUGUGGUCGAAAUUAACACGGAAAUCAAGCAAGAAAAUGGUCCGCCGCUGUUUUUAUGUGAUUAUGAACAAAAUGAGUCAGAAAGUGAUAGGGAACGGGAUGAAGAGGACAAUAAAUGUCGCUGCGGAAGGACUUAUAAAAGUCGAAUUUCGUUCCUGCAGCAUCAGAGAAAGAAUUUGCCGGAAUGUAAUCACAGCUCGGAGCACACUUGCAGCAUUUGUCAGCGCAAAUAUUACAGUUUGAAGACCUUAAAUCAGCAUGUGAAGAAAAGUCAUGCUCCGACGGUGUCGAAAAAAUUACUUUUUCCCGGAAUUUGGACUUGUGACAUUUGUUCGCGAACGUUUGAGACCCGAAAUGGCAUCAAAAAGCACAUCGAAGAGAAACAUUUGCGGAUUCACGAGACACUUUGCAGUCACUGUGGGAUUUCCAUCAACUUUUACGAUCUCUCGAAACACAUGAAUCUCAAGCAUAACAAAGACCGAAAGCGAGACAAGUGCGAAAUUUGCAACAAAUUCUUCCUCGAUCUCAAGGCGCAUAAUAAAAGGAACCAUUUGAACGAGGGAAUUUUCACGUGCGCCGUUUGCGGACUCACAUUCAACAAUCGGCUGAAGCUCAGUGUGCAUCAUUGGCGAAAACAUCCGCCGCCGGGCAAGUUCAAGUGCAAGGAAUGCGGCAAAGAGUGCAGUAAUUCGUUGAAAUUGAAGGAACAUAUGCAAGCGGCGCAUAUUGGAGGGUUCCUUUAUUCGUGCGAAUGGUGCGAUUAUCGCGGAAAUCACAAAAAGAACAUUCAGACGCAUUGGAAAAAGUACCAUAAUGACUUGUAUGAAGCGAAAAAGGCGAAAAUGAGGGCAGUUUAUGACACGCCGAACGCGUAA